UCCCGUCCAGAGACCGGGGGGUUGGGAAUAGCCAAUGCUGACGGGAGAGCGGGAUUUGAAAGUCCCGCCCCCCGCUGAGCCUCCAGGGUCCGGAUCUUCGUCCCUCCUCACAACGCGUCGAGCUGUGGACCAAAACAAACACACACACCGUCCGCUACGGAGUGUGUUCGUGUCUCUUUGGAUUAAUUAACGGUAUCGAUCACAGAGAGCCGCUCCUGAAGCAGUCCGCUGUCGGACGGGAUGUGGUAUUUUGCUCCGUGGUGUUGAAGCUCCAAGCGGACCGCUCGGCGUUCCGACGCCGGGAUGAGCGUCUCCACCGCGGGCACCGGAGCGGCGCCCUGCCGCUUCGCACACUACUUCGCCAUCUGCGGACUGGACACCGAGACCGGGCUGGAGGCGGAUGAGUUAGCCGCGUUGUACCAGUGGCUGGAGGCUGAUCUCCGUGGUAACGAACCCGACUCUGCUACCAAAGGGGAGAACUUCGACCAGAGUCCUCUGAGGAGAACCUUCAAGUCUAAGAUCCUUGCCCACUACCCGGAGACGGUGGAGUGGAACCCCUUCGACCAGGAUGCUGUCAACAUGCUGUGCAUGCCGCGCGGCCUGUCGUUCUGCACGCAGGCGGACCGCCGCGAGCCCGCCUUCCACUCCUUCAUCAUCACGCGGGAGGACGGCUCGCGCAGCUACGGCUUCGUGCAGACCUUCUACGAGGAGGUGACCAGCGGGCCGGUGCGCGCCGCCAUGCAGACGCUGCACCACAUGCACCAGGCCGAGCGCGCCCCGCCCUCCAGCUCCUCCUCCUCCUCCAGCAUGGACUCCCUGGCCAGCAGCCUGGAGGACGGCGGCGGCGGCGGCGGCGGCGGGGUGGACCCGCCCCCCUCGCUCGCCGCGCCGUGCCCCGCCCCCCCGAGCGGCGGCGGCUACGACGCGUCGCGGGACACGCUGUACGUCACCAAGGCGCUGUGCCUGCUGGCGCCGGUGCCCUUCAUGACAGCCUGCCGCCGCUUCCUGGCGCAGCUGCUGCGGGCCGUGACGGCGCCGGAGCCGCCGCCGCUGCCGCUGGAGAGCUACGUGCACAACGUCCUGUACGAGGUGCCGCUGCCGGCGCCCGGCCGCUCGCUGCGCUUCCACGGCGUGUACGAGCCGGUGGUGUGCCAGCGGCCCGGCCCCGGGGAGCUGCCCCUGGCCGACUACCCCCUGGGGGACGCCUUCGCCCUGCUCGGUGUGGAGAACCUGCUGCAGCUCUACACCUGCACCCUGCUGGAGAUGCAGCUGCUGCUCUACUCCCAGGACUACCAGCGGCUGAUGACGGUGGCGGAGGGGGUGACCUCGCUGCUCUUCCCCUUCCAGUGGCAGCACGUGUACGUGCCCAUCCUGCCCCCCUCGCUGCUCCACUUCCUGGACGCGCCCGUCCCCUACCUGAUGGGGCUGCAGUCCCGCGAGGGGGCGGACCGGUCCAAGCUGGAGCUGCCCCAGGAGGCCAACCUGUGCUUCGUGGACAUCGACAACCACCGCAUCGAGCUGCCGGAGGACUUCCCCCAGCUGCCCAACAUGGCCGAGUUCAGGGAGGAGAUCAGCGACGUCCUGCGGCAGUACGGCAUCUCCCCCAACGGAGGGGGAGCGGGAGGGGGAGGGGGGGGCUCUCGGCGGGGGGGCACCACCUCCUCCACCUCAUCCUCCUCCUCCUUCCUCCGAGGAGGAAGAGGAGGAGCAGGAGCACGCCGGGACAGCAGGGAGGAAGAGGACGGCCGUAACGGGAACUUGGCGCGGGAGGAACAGGAAGUGAUGGAGCGCCUCCAGGGGAACGCCACCCUGGAGCGCCUGCAGGCGUUGACCCGCCGCACGGGGGUCACCGUGGCGGGCGUGGACGCACUGAGGGCAGGGCUCCGGCCGCAGGGUCUGGGUCAGGGGGGUCCCGGGGGUCCCGGGGGUCAGGGCGGUCAGGGGGGGGCGUCGCGGACGCCGGAGGAGGAGGAGGAGCUGAGUAACGCCAAGCUGAGCGUGCAGCUGAGGGAGGUGUUUGCGGGCCGCUUCACCGCCAUGUUCUCGGACUACGAGGCCUUCGUCAUCCACAGCCCCGACCUGGAGUCCUGGCUCAGCAGUCGCGAGCACAUGCACAACUUUGACAAGGCGUCCUUCCUGUCGGACCAGCCCGAGCCGUACCUCCCCUUCCUGUCGCACUUCAUCGAGACGCAGAUGUUCGCCACCUUCAUCGACAACAAGAUCAUGUCCCAGUGGGAGGCCAAGGAGCCGCUGCUGCGCGUGUUCGACGCCCGCAUCGACAAGGCCCGCCUCUACAACGUCAGAGCGCCAAGCCUGCGCUCCUCCAACUACCAGCGCUGCACCCGCCUCAAGGAGGCCGCCCAGGCCAUCGAGCAGCGGCUGCUGAAGGUGGACCACACCGCGCUGCACCCCCACCUGCUGGACAUGAAGAUCGGGGAGGGCCGCUACCAGAGGGGCUUCUUCCCCAAGCUGCAGGCCGCCGUGCUCAACACCGGGCCCACCAACAACAGGCUGGCCCACCGGACCUCCAGCGCCCAGCGACGGAGAGAACAGCACCCGGACCACCUGACCCUGGACAACGACCUCAAGGAGGGGUGUCUGGCCACGCCCAACUCCAUGGCCUUUUGGGAGUGGGACAAUGCAUCCCCCCCGCCUUUCAAACCUCCCAAAAAAUCUGCGUCUGCGUCCUGCCUGCGCUACAUGCAGGAGGCCCGUGGGCUGGGGAAGAGGCAGCCCAAGCUGUCAGACCUGUCUCCAGCCGUCAUCGCUCAGACAAACUGCAAGUUCGUGGAAGGUCUGCUGAAAGAGUGUCGCAUGAAGACCAAGCGCAUGCUGGUGGAGAAGCUGGGGCGCGAGGCGGUGGAGCUGGGCCACGGAGGGGAGGCCAGCAUCACGGGGCUGGAGGAGAACACGCUGAUCGCCAGCCUCUGUGACCUCCUGGAGAGGAUCUGGAGCCACGGCCUGCAAAACAAACAGGGGAAGUCUGCUCUGUGGUCCCACCUGCUGCACUACCAGGGGAGGGAGGAGAGGCUGGAGACCCAGCAGGGGGAGCUACCAGCCAGCGGUCCGGAGCGGAGGAAGUCGGAGACGUCCGUAGGGCUGCCGUACCUCCCGGUGUCCGUCCUGCAGGACAUGAGACACAUCCAGAGCAUGUCGGAGAUCAAGACGGACGUGGGGCGGGCUCGGGCGUGGCUCCGCCUCUCUCUGGAGAAGAAGCUCCUCUCACAACACCUCAAGAUGCUGCUGAGCAGACAGGGGCUGACCAAGAAGCUGUAUAAGAGGUACGCCUUCCUGCGCUGCGAGGAGGAGAAGGAGCAGUUCCUGUUCCACCUGCUGUCGCUCAACGCCGUCGACUACUUCUGCUUCACCUGCGUGUUCACCACCAUCAUGAUCCCGUACCGCGCCGUCAUCAUCCCCAUCAAGAAGCUGAGCAACACCAUGACCACCUCCAACCCCUGGGUGUGCGUGUCCGGGGAGCUGGGCGACUCGGGCGUCAUGCAGAUCCCCAAAAACGUGCUGGAGAUGACCUUUGACUCUGCCUUCAGGCAUCAUACGCACAUCUCCGCCAUGUUUAAGUGCCAGAACCUGGGGAAGCUGACUUCCACUCAGCUCGGCCACGACAACGCCGGCCUGCUGGCCAAGUGGCUGGUGGACUGUGUGAUGGUGCGCAACGAGAUCACCGGCCACACCUACAAGUUCCCGUGCGGCCGCUGGCUGGGGCGCGGCGUGGACGACGGCAGCCUGGAGCGCGUCCUGAUCGGGGAGCUGCUGGUCCCGGGGGCCGAGGAGGACUCUGGGAGGGGCAGCCGGACCCCCGAGCUGCAGAGGUCCCCCUCGCAGACCAGGAGGAGCAGCAUCAUGGGGGGACGCGGAGGGAAACUCACUUCAGGACAAAUCCAGGAGACCAUCGGAGAGGCGGUGAACAACAUCAUCAAACACUUCCACAAGCCGGAGAAAGAGAGGGGCAGCCUGACCAUCCUGCUGUGUGGGGAGAACGGUCUGGUGGGGGCCCUGGAGCAGUUCUUCCACCACGGCUUCAAGUCGGCCCGGCUCUUCCAGAAGACCGUCUUCGUCUGGGACUUCAUAGAGAAGGCUGUAGCCUACAUGGAGUCAUGUGACCAGAUGGGCGACCUCCAGGAGACCCCCGAGCCGCUUGGGCUGACCUGUCACUCACUCUGUCGCUACGCCAACGCCAUCAACUCCACCCGCCGCAGCAUCGGCAAGGACGGGAAGUUCCAGCUGCUGGUGUGCCUCGGAGCGCGAGACCACCUGAUGGACCAGUGGCUCCCCCUGCUGGUGGAGUGUCCCGUCCUGCAGCGCAUGUACGACGACUCGGCCCUGCUGCGCGACCGCACCACGGUCAACACACUCAUCGGGGUGCUGGAGACCCUGCACCACUUCCACAUCACCCUGGAGGCGUCCCUGGUCAAGGGAGUCGACCUUUGACCCCCGACCCUGCUGGGAGCGCCCUAAGCCCUAACCCCCCCCCCCCCCCCCCCCCCCCCCCCCCCCCCCCAACAGACACACUGGAUGGGCUCUCGGAUGAGUCGUGACCGAUGAAGGGAGGGGAGGAAGUAUUGGACGGUAAAGACAGAGGCACCGCCGCAGUAUUGGGUCUGCUCUCUUGGAGAACAUUAGAGAGACAGUUCUUCUCUCCUGGGGAUCAAAGAUGUUUGGACCUUUAGAGAGACAGUUUGACCUUUAGAGAGACAUUUCUUCUCUCCUGGGGAUCAAAGAUGUUCGGACCUUUAGAGAGACAGUUUGACCUUUUAGAGAGACAGUUCUACUCUCCUGGGGAUCUGAGAUGUUUGGACCUUUAGAGAGACAGUUCUACUCUCCUGGGGAUCUGAGAUGUUUGGACCUUUAGAGAGACAGUUGGACCUUUAGAGAGACAGUUCUACUCUCCCGGGGAUCGGAGAUGUUUGAACCUUUCAGGAGACCGUUUGAUCUUUAGAGAGACAGUUCUACUCUCCUGGGGAUCGGAGACCUUCGGACCUGUAGAGAUAGAGUUUGACCUUUAGAGAGGUAGUUCUACUCUCCUGGGGAUCUGAGAUGUUUGGACCUUUUAGAGAGACAGUUUUUCAGCCGAGGCCUCCUUCGGUUCCGCUCCGUAGACCAUAGGGUCUGUGGAUCAUUGGGUCCAUAGGGGGAAGAUGGAGUCCCUCAUCUCUCCUCUCUCUCUCUCCUCUCUCUCCUCUCUCAGGAGGGUAGCAUGCCCAGGAGCCAAUGUACUCCGUUAGUUAGAGGAAGCACUGAUUCAUCACAGAGGGAGACAGGAACACUUUAGUGACCAGAGUCUUUGCAGGGAGGAACCCCCCCAAUGUGACCCUCUCUCGCUCCUCAGAGCUGUGGUUCAAAUAGCGCGGGUGUCACAGUUAUAUCUCGCCUCCAAUUAUUCAAGCCAUCUCAUUGGACAGGUGGCUUGUAGGCGGGGCGUGUGUGUGUGUGUGUGUGUGUGUGUGUGUGACAGUGAUUUCAAGUAAAGUACCGUUUUAUUUGAGGCUGUUUAAUUUAUUUUCUGAUGCGUUCUACUGAGUUGUGUAUGAGGGCAGAUGUGUGUGUAUCUGAUUUUCCUUAACGGUACGGGAGAACACAACGGACUCCGUUACACAACAGAACCGUACGCACAACAAACAAACACUGGAGUGCGUUUUGAAGUCGAAGGACACUUCUCUGAGACUUUUCAAACCUGUGUUGAUAUUCAUGUUUGCGUCGUCGUCUGGCCCUGAGAAUACAAGAUGCUAUCAGCA